AUGAAACCAUAUGGUCAUGCUACACUUAGCCCUAAAGAGAGCAAUUUUAAUUAUCGUCUCAGUAGGGCACGAAUGGUCACAGAAAGAGCAUUUGGCCAGCUGAAAAGCAGGUGGAGAAUUUUACACCGCAGAUCAGAAUGUGAGCCAGAAAGUGUGAAGGAAACAGCACUUACAUGUGUUGUUCUUCACAAUCUUUGCAUUGCUAAUGGUGAUAAUCUUCCUCAGCAUGUUGAUCUUCUUUGUAAUUAUCCAAAAAAUCAAAGAGAUCGAGAGAAAGUACGAAAGUUAUUGCAAAUGAGAAGCUGUGCCAGAACAAAAGAUUCCUCUAAAGCAGCAGAGGCUAUUAGAGCUGCACUUGCAGAAAAACGUUGGAAAGAGAAGGAAGGGGGAGGAGUAGUGUGA